AUGGAGAUUAGGUGGAAAGUCGUAGACUUGCUUUACCACAAACUGAUGGAAGAGUGCUUCUACGAUUUGACUUCCGGUUCUAACUACAAAGCGUCACUUGAUUAUCAUAUUGGUUUAUGGUGGUAUGGACCUCGGCUUCUUCUGGCCUCCUCAUUCUUCUGGACCGCUUCGGUAAUACUGCUAUUCACCAGUGAAACCCGUCGUGCUUACUGGCAGAUGGCCUCUGCGGGUGGUACCAUAAAGGCCAAACAUUAUCGAGCCAGCCGGGCGUUGAAGUACCGUGGAUGGCGCCAGAUCAUUUGUUUUACCUUUGUCUGGAUGCCGGGUCAGUGA